CGAGGAGAGGCUGCCUGUCGCAUUCCAGCGCAGCGACAGCAAGUCCGCCGUCCUUGGCCUCUCGGCACGACGACGUCCCAUCGCUUGCCUCGAUCGGGCGCUGCCGCCGCCGGCGCUGUCCAGCCCCGGCCGUCACUCCGACGAAGCUCGCGGAGGACCGGUGCGGGUUCCCGGAGCGGCAUCGCGCACUCGGAUAACGAAACUUAGACCAAGCGCACUCUAGGAAGAAUCAAGAUGGCGACCAGAUUCCAAUUGGGGUGGUAUCGCUGGGUACCAUUCCUGGGCUAUCACCACGUGUUGAUGAUCUUGAUAGCGGUGGCGAUAAUAUUGUUGUCUCUCCUGCUUGCCGGAUGCUCUUCUUCAUCACCCCUCAUCCCCGAUAUCUUCCUCCUCUCGCUCUACUACAUGCGCUACACGGCCACGCCCGAUACGGCACAGGUCGACUACAACGUCCAUAAUGCCAUCGCCGACAUUGUGGGCGACGCUCGGCUCCAGGCGCGCGUGGGCUUCUUCGGCAUCUGCGUGAGCCCCGACGGCGGGUCGUGGUUGUGCAGCAACAACGCGACGACUCUAGCGAACGAGGUGUCGCUCGAUCAAGACCCGCUCAACCUCAUCUGGCUGGCCAGCCAGUUCAAGGACAUGAUUGUCUUCCCCUACCUACUCAUCAUCGCAAUCAUCUUUGCCUUCAUCUGCCUGUUGCUCCUCGCUACCUUUCCCGGCUGGCACGAGGAGGAGGACAGCGAGGGGUCCGAGCGCGAGGUCAAGCCGUUCCCCUCGCGGCCCGUCAGCCAGGUCGCGCUGGCCAUCAUCUUCAUCUCGUCCAUCUUUGUCCUGGUAUCGGUCCUCUGGCAGCACACGGCCUCGGUCGCCGCCAGUAUCAUCGCGCAGGACCUGGCCAACGGAAGCGUGCGCUCGGGCGUCGGUACCUCGGCGAUGGUCAUGGGCUGGUUCAGCUUCACGCUGCUCAUCAUUGUGACCAUCGGCCUGCUGGUCAUGAUAUUGAGUAUGCAGGUGCUGGAGCAUAUCAUGGAUUAAUGAUUGAUUUUUUUAAAUCCUUCCCGUCUUUUUGCGACGACGAUGACGACAAACGACGACGAUGGCCACGAGACGCCAUAGGAUGAGACAGGGGAUCUUGUUGAGGGCGCGUGCCAUCUGUGCUGGCAUGCAACGACUGGAACGAGUUAUUGGGUUCGAGGGAUGAAGAAGAUGGGGGCUACGAGUCCA